ACUAGCAGUUAACUUAACCCUUUAACACCACGUUUAGCCGGCAGGGGCAGCAGUAACAGUUCAGACAGACAGAGGCCCAAUAAAUAGUGAGAGUCUAGAAGAUCUGACAGGACAUUACCAGUCUCAGCUCAGGAGGCCACACACAGUCCCGGUGUAUCGGGGAGGCGGGAGAGAAAAAGCAGGGCCUGUGGUGAAUGUCAGUCCUGUCCUGGUGCAGAAUUUCCCCUCAGAGCCCAAAUCAGCUCAUCCUCUCGCCCUCCAUUACACUAUGUCAAACCUUCAGUCCUUAUAAGGCGAAGGAAACCGUGUGAGGUAAAGCAAAGUCCCCGGAACAAAAGGAAGACGCAGGACGAAGCUUAGCCGCUGUCACAUUCACAUCCCAUUGGAGGAACAAGCUUCAAGGGACCAGUCAGGCGCCAUGUUGCCGGAAGCGGAAGCGUAGAACUGGCGACAACUUCCCGCUGGAGUUUGACAGCUGUGGGCGCCUCGUUUUGGCAUAGCCCCGCCCCGAGCGGCCGCCAAUGGGAGGGUGAGGAGCCUGUUUCCCAGACAGCGGCCAGAGGAGCGCUGGGCAGUGAGUGAGGAAAUGGUGUACGCGGCUUUACUGUCCGCCCUGGCGGGUUGUCUCCUCACUCUCCUUCUGCAGCUCCUCCUGCUCUACCGCCGCCGGCCCGAACCCCUCGCUCGUCCCCCUCCUCCCCGGCCCGUGGAGCCCGACGCCUCCCUGAGGGACUAUCUGAAGUCAGAGCCGGCGGCUGCAGCACCGGAGAGUUGCCACUUCCUCAACUCCAUAUUCCUCUUCCUGUUCCGCGAACUCCGGGACACGGCGCUGCUCCGGCGGUGGCUCACGAAGAAGAUCCGCGUGGAGCUGGAGGAGUUGCUGCAGAGUCGCACGGCGGGCCGCCUGCUGGAGGGUCUGAGUCUGAAGGACAUUUCCCUGGGGGAGGCGCUGCCCGUGUUCCGCUCCGUGCGGCUCCUCAACGCCCCCGGGGAGCCCCUGCCCGACGAGCUGCAGUUCGAGCUGGAGAUGGAAUACAGCGGCGGCUGCCACCUGGCCAUAGAUGUGGAGCUGGUGUUCGGCAAGUCCGCCUCCCUGUCUGUCCGUCUGGGCCGAGUCAUUGGCCGCCUGCGCCUCGUCUUCUCCCGACUGCCCUUCCCUCACUGGGCCUUCUGCUUCCUGCCCGACCCCAGCAUCGACUUCCACGUACAGUCACAGUUUGAGGGGCGCCCCAUGCCCCAACUCACCUCCAUCAUCGUCACCCAACUGAAGAAGGUCAUCAAGCGCAAGCACACCCUGCCCAACUACAAGAUCAGGUACAAACCAUUCUUCCCAAUACAAGUGCAGCCACCCGAGACUGAUCUGGAGGAGUGGCCCCUCUUCUUGCAAGAUUUGGGAUUAACUGAAGGGCGCUUGAAAGUGUCUGUAGUCGAGUGCAGCAGGCUUCUGAUAUUUGGUUCCUAUGAUCAGGAAACCUACAUCCACUGCACCCUGGAGCUCAGCAGCUGCCCCUGGAAAGAGAAAACAAGAACAUCCGUCAAAACGGUGGAGUUGAUUAAAGGGAAUUCUCAGAGCUUUGGAUUAAUGCUGGUUCAGGCAAGGGAUGGAGACACAGGGCAUGUCUGUGUUGAAUCGGUAACCCCAAAUUCUCCAGCAGCUGCUGUGGAUCUGAAGAAAGGAGAUCGCCUUAUUGCCAUAGGAGGUAUAAAAGUAAUAUCCUCAAUUCAAGCAUCAAAGCUCAUCAAGCAAGCCGGCGACAGAACACUGGUGUUUUAUGAGAGGCCCGCUGGUCAGAACCAGUGCACUGGCAGUUUGCCGGAGAACCUUGGGCAGCUGGAAGAUCCUGUGUUUGUUGCCUCUGCUUUUCCCCAAAACUUUGAAGAGGACACAGUCGGCUUCAUUGUGGAUCCAGAAAACAAAGAGUUGGAUUCGGAGUUUGAGGAUCUUGCCCCUGAGAUCAAGCCACUCGGAGAGACCAAAGAAGAUUCUGUAUUUCCGAGUCCUAAACGUACAGCGGCACCGCUUUAUACAAAGCCCUUAGGGUCCAUAUCCCCUAUGCCAAGUCAAACACCUUCGAAGACCCAACCCAAAGUAAAUAAAGCUGCCCCACCAGAAACCCCAGACUCCACACAGCAAAACCGGUCUCCUGCCAACAAGCCACCGGUGCCCCCAAGGCCUCAAGUGAAACUUACGUUAACUUCAUGUGAAAAUCCCAGUGCUUUGGAGAAGGGAGAGGCUGUUUUAGAGAAGCCAGAACGACCACCCCCGCCAUCUUCAAAUGGAGAUAAACAGCCAGAAAAAAAUGCAAAAAAUACAGAGUUGGUAGAUGAAGUUGCUGUGCAGAAACCCAGUUCUGCGAAACCAGAUGUUGUAAAGGAUAAAAUAUCAGAAAGUUCCUGCAGCACGAAAGACAGUGUUGAUGAUCCGCACAUCUGGGAAUCACAGGAGAUAUUGUACAGGAACAAACAAGGGCGUUGGACAAGAUCAUCUUGUAUAUUUGAGGUUGAAAAUUAUCACCGGUAUCUGAAUGUUGCUCUGUGGUGCAGAGACACCUUUAAAACGGGUAGUCUGUGCUGCGUGGGGCACAUUAGUAUCCGACUAGAAGACGUAGCCUUGGAGUGCCUUGCCACCGCCUCACUGGAGUAUCUGACCAGUUUUAAGCUAGACCCCACUGAACCUAGAGCCUCCGUUAGCAGAACUGCAUUAAGAAAUCUGAGUAUGCACAAGGGAUUCAAUGAAAAAUAUUGCUACGGGGACGUCACUCUAAAUUUCAAAUAUUUAAUGGAGGGCGAGUCUGAGACUUCUAGCUUGUUGUUAGAACGAGAGCGGGAUGUCGGCUUUCAGGACGACAGCUCCUCGCUUCAGAAAGAAGAGCUUCCGCUACCCCCAAUGUUUUUUGCUGAAUCCAAACACAACUUCCAAGACACGCAGUUUCAGAACUCUACUUUGUGUGAUUAUUGUAAAAGGAAAGUGUGGACCAAGGCUGCUUCCCAGUGUAUAACCUGUGGCUACGUGUGUCACAAAAAAUGUCAGGAAAAAUGCUUGAACGAAAAUCCUUACUGUGUUGCUACUGAAAAGAGAGCUGACCCCGAAUCUAAAUCUUUUGGAAAUAGAACUACAGGCAUUACCAGGCACAUUAUAAACACUAGUUCCCGCCUGUUAAACCUACGGCAGGCUACAAAGCUACGGCAGCCUGAGCAAGGUUCUGAUUUGGUGGAGCCAUCACCAAAACACACCCCAAAUACUUCAGACAAUGAAAGUAGUGACACAGAAACAUGUGGGUCCGGCAGUCCUUCAAAAAGAGCAUCUGGUAGCAGUGGGAAAUUAGUUCGUAGAGACGGUGGGUUGGAUGAUAGCGUGUUUAUUGCAGUGAAGGAGAUUGGCCGUGAUCUUUACAGAGGGUUACCGACCGACGAAAGGAUACAGAAGCUGGAAUUCAUGUUGGAUAAACUGCAGAAUGAAAUUGACCAAGAGCUGGAGCACAAUAACUCUCUAGUGAAGGAAGAGAAAGAUGCCACGGAAGCAAGACGAAAAGCUCUCCUAUCUGCCGCCUUGUCUAAAUCCAGCGAGAGACUUCAGGCUCUUACAUUGCUCAUGAUUCACUAUAGAGCCGGCAUUGAGGACAUCGAAUCCUUGGAAAAUUCUUCCCUAGCCCAACCUCGAAAAAACGCUAAAUGCGAAGAGGAGGCCAUUGUUGCAGUAGAGGCUGAACAUAACGAUGAGGAGGAUAAUGAUGUUGGCCAACCAGAAACAGAAAGCUUUAGCUGCAUAACUCCGGAGGACAAGGUUCCUGGUUCUCUUGAAGCUGAGUAGGACACUACAUGUUCUCUGGCCAUUUUGUUAGAGCAUACUCAUUAUUUGCACUUAAAGCUAAAUCGUGUAGUCCCUCCAGUUGUUUGAAGACAGAACCAUAUCACAAUGCUUUUACCACUUGCCGUUUAAAGAGAAACGGUUCUAGAAUUGGGACCUUCAUUGUUCUCAUUUCUCACAGCACCCACUUCUCAAGCUUUGAGAAUCAAACCUACCCACCAACUGGAAAGAGACCGCUAAAUGGGGAUUAACGGUUAGCAUGUAAAUCCACACUGGAUAUUUACUACCUUCUGUCCCAUCCACCAUCCUUUCACACCUCAUUGCCAUGAACGGUUGUUACUGUUUUGUUUUUUAAAGGGUAUCUUUAUGUGUUUUGUUUUAUUAUAUCAAGAGGUUCAGCAAUGGUGUCACCUUAGUGGCCAUAGACGCGCACUACACUAUUUCAUGGCGCCCUCUACACCAAUAUAAAAGUGGGGAACAUCUUUUUUAUUUAUGGACUGUGUUUGGGGGGGGCUUUCAUUUACUUUUAGUACUAAUCUAAAUAGACCAAAGAUCUGUUUCAUGGUCAUAAAUAUAAUGUGAAUGUGAACAAUGGCAACAAAGGAUGUAUCCACAUAGUCAUGAUCUUUAUGGAGUGUAAGAACAACUUCCAAACCCCUCAUAUAUAAUACCAGGGGCCCUUGGCACCCAUAAGAGUUACUCUCCAUAAGGGAAACAUCUACCUAUUGUAGUUAGAAGAAAAGAAUAGAGAGUAAAAUUAGAUGCAACAUAUUCAUAAAGUUCUCCCUAAUUCUGUCUCUACAUGUCCUGUAUUGCACACUGUGUUUCCAGAGCUUUCCCAUGGAUAUAUUCAGUUAUUCUAAAUGUUCAUUUUAAGAUGAGUUUUUACCCGGUAAGGCCAUUUAGCCCAUGUUCUUACAUGCGAAUGCUGAUUUGCACAAACCUCACUCACCCCCACAGUAGUGUAGCUGCACAUGUUCUUUCUCCCAGAAGGCCCCUAUGGGAGCAGUGAUGUAGGAUGGUUCUAACCCUGUAUUUGUGUGCUUCUGUCUGUCUUUUAGCUGCCAAAUGUUUACACGAAGACGUGAUUUUAUGGGGGGUUUUUUCAUUGUUUCCUGUGUUUAUUUUUCCUUCUUAUACAGUUAAGGAUGCAGUGAUAUUUGGUAAUAACCCGACGAAAAGGGAAACUAUAUCAUUAGGUAGCAGUUGGAAUGAUUGUCCAGUCCUACUCGUGACACUUUAUGGAGAAGAAUGAAGGCAUGAGUUUGUGAGCCCAGUUGCAUACAUUUUUCUCUAUGUUCAAACCUAUGAAUGGGAGCCACCAUUUUGGUAAUCUCAGCAGAGCUAUAAGAACACUAGUACGGCAAACACUAUGGCAAAGAUGGAAAUGCAAAUUUAAGGCUCUACUGGAUGCACCUACAGUCCAUGGUUGUUUUGCCUUUAAGCUAACCAUCCAAGAUUCAGCAGAUCUUUGCCUGAUUUGGCCACCCAUGUGCAGGGCGAAAUCAGGUUCAUCCAAAGGAUUGGCCCAGAAGCCAAUAAUCAUAUCAUACUGGUGGCCUACAUGGCUAGUCAUGCAAGGCCCAUAUCCGUGCAUCCAAUAUGGUUCUUGCUUAAUGGGAUUUUCAAACCUGCCUCAGAUAUUGGUCUAGCAGGCAGUCAUGGGUGCCUCAUUAACUGGCCGAUAUGUUGAUGACUUCCUUUGGAUGGGCCAAAUCCUGAAAUUAGUUUACAGAAGUUACAAUGGAAAGAGAGAACUUAAAUAGUCCUCUCCCAUAUUUGACUAAUUGAAGCUAGGGCUAAUUGCAUUAAUGAUUUGUUUGGUUGCUCUGUUUGGGAGCAAGAUGUAGAACAUACAUUUUAUAACAAGUCCCAUUUAUUUGGACUUGGUCCUUAAAGACCACCAGGGCGACUAAGUGCAACAAGUUAGACCUUAACAUCCUUCUAAUAAAGCUGGCCAUGCCCUGAGUAAAAUAGUCAAUAUCAUGGCCAUUUAUGAAUUAUCCAACAAUUUCCCUGUGUGCUGGUCAUUGGGACAAUUGCUUUAAUAGUGGGUCACCCAGUCCCAUUGGCUCACAAUUGGUCCUUAGCAACAUUAGCCAUUGUUUCCUUGAUGUAGGACAUCAUCUACAGACAUGAAUUGAUAACGAGCACAUCACUUCUAAAAGCCCUCUCCAUCCUUGUGCCAUGGCCCUCAAAAUAAGUUGGAGAGGCAGAUCUUUUACUAGCCAAUCUAGUUGGCAAAUCGGGUUAUGGCCAACACAAGACUCCACUCAAUGACAUAUAAUAAAUUGAUUUUGUGGAUAAUUGGGCAUUUAUCUGAAUUGUGUAAUAUACUGGCUCCUGCUAUGGUUCCUCCGUACAUUACACACAGCCACAAGAGGUACAUAAAACAGGGGGUUUCCUGGGUUAACUGGCAUUAGGGUGUGACUCUGUUCUCUUAAAGUGCCCAAAAGAGUCAUCACUGUGAUAACAAGGGGAGCGCAAAUCCUAUCUUGGUAACUUCUCUCCAUCCAGCAGCAAAAAAACCCCAAUGCUACGUGCUGUGAUUGGUGAUGGUUUCCUUUUAGAUCCAGAAAUAUAUUCUGGAUUUUGCUGCCCACUGUCUCUAUAACAAGCUUUGUCUUCCAAGCUCUUUAAAAUAGCCAGGUGUACCCAAGUCUGUGCGCAAGGUGGCCCGUUCCAUGGACUGCAAACUGGGAUUCUGCUGGUGACUGGGCAGCCUCACCCUUAUUCCCCUUCUAUGUAUUUAUUUUGCUACUUGUUUGUGCCCACAGACUGGCUCUGUAGUUAAUAUGAUGCUGCUAACGUGUCACUUGUUUUUUUUUUGUUGUACAGAAUAAAUGUAGUGCAAUAUUUUUUAUAUACAAUAGGGAUAAAGUAACGCUUACGUGUGUCCAUGGAUUAACCUUUUAUGAGAAGAAGGGGAAGAGGGCAGUGAUGUAUUGGCUGCCAAACUGAAUUUGACUGGAAAAGAUUAUCAUUCAUAAUGUAACCUUUCUUGUAAAUAGCUUCAAUAAAGAGCAUUGCUGGA